AUGGGAAUUGAUAUGUCUGCUUCUUCAUCAUCGUCAUCGUCAUCGUCAUCUCCUCCUCCUUCGUCAUGGCACUUGAAUAGUUAUUCUGAAUUCCAUCCUCCUUCGUAUUACUGUGUAAAUAUAAAGCCUAUUUAUAUACAGAUCUUUUCAGCAUCUUGGAUUUGUUUAAUCCUUUCCGCCGCUGUCUAUUAUCGCCUCAAGAAAAUUCGAAACCAGAAAAUCAUUCCUCGAAUUGAACUUUCUCGUAUUGGACAGGUCCUCAAGUUUGAAAAUUUUUCCCAUUAUGUAGCUAGACAAAUGGGAUUUGCAGAUAGGAGACAAUGUCCCCAUCUGUGCAAGCUAGCUACUGAGUACAUAAUAAAAUCAGAAGGGUGUGAAGAAGAUAUGUACAACUACUUUUCUAAUGAACCAGAUGCUGAUUCGCUUUUUAUAAAGCUUGUUGAGGAGUUUGAGAGAUGCAUCCUUAGUUACUUCGCUUUCCAUUGGAGUCAUGUUCCUUACAUGAUGAGCCAGGUACUGAGUGCUGAUCAUUUUGAGCCCAAAAAGAAGCUCCAAAACAUUGUCAUGGCUGCUACGAGGGAACAGCGAUUUGAAAGGGUAACAAAGAAUCUGAAGGUUGCAAGAGUUCUUACUACCUUAGUUGAGGAGAUGAAAGCAAUAGGACUCGUUUCUUCAGAUGAUUCACAGUGCACGGAUGUGAUGGUUCCAAUGGCUCACAAAGAUAGAAGCCCUGUCCUCCUGUUUAUGGGAGGUGGCAUGGGGGCUGGGAAAAGCACCGCGCUCAAGGAAAUUCUCAAAGAGCCAUUUUGGAUUGGAGCUGCUGCCAAUGUUGUUGUGAUAGAAGCAGAUGCUUUCAAAGAAUCAGAUGUUAUUUACAAAGCUCUUAGCUCUAGGGGACACCAUGACAUGCUUCAAACUGCUGAACUGGUACAUCAGUCAUCAACAGAUGCAGCAUCAUCCUUACUUGUAACAGCACUGAAUGAAGGAAGAGAUGUGAUCAUGGAUGGGACACUCUCAUGGAUACCCUUUGUGGUGCAGACCAUAACCAUGGCCAGAAAUGUUCACCGGCGACGUUACCGAAUGGGUACUGGUUACAAAGUGGAAGAGGAUGGCAGAGUAACUGAAAACUACUGGGAACAGAUUGAUGAAGAAGAACAGGAAACUGAUGGUACAAGAAAAAGAAGACCUUACAGAAUAGAAUUGGUUGGAGUUGUUUGUGAUGCUUAUUUAGCUGUCAUUAGAGGGAUAAGGAGAGCUAUCAUGUGUAGAAGAGCUGUUCGGGUGAACUCGCAACUGAAAUCACACAAGAGAUUUGCUAAUGCAUUUAACACAUACUGUCAGCUUGUGGAUAAUGCAAGGUUAUAUUCCACUAAUACUUUGGAAGGCCCCCCUAAGUUGAUAGCAUGGAAGGAUAGAGACAAGACAUUAUUGGUGGAUCCUGAUGAGAUAAAUGUACUGAAAAUGGUAGGGAGGUUGAAUGAAGGAGCUGAUUCCAUUUAUGAACUUUACAAGAACCCUCAUCCAGCUUAUCAAUCUGGCUCAGUUUGGAAAGACAUUGUUAUGUCACCUUCUAGGUUGAAUAUUCAGAAAGAACUCAAGUAUUCCAUUCAAAAAGUUGAAAGAAUGAGAUCCUGACUCAAUCA